AGAAGCUCCAAAGAGAAUGAAGAUAGAGCUUCAUGGAAGAAAAAUAGAUGAACCUGGUUGGUACAACAUAGCUUCCCCAGACCCACCCACCCACCCACCACCCUCUCCUGAGCUCUGUGCUUUGGCAGCGGAGGUUGAUGGCGAGUGGUGCGGAAGGGGCAGCUCCAGCAGCAGCUGCUUUGGGGGCAGAAACAUAAUCAGCAGGUCGAAAUCCGAGCAGGGUGACUUCACCUUCAAGUGGGUGAGCUCUCUUGACCUCUCCGGCUAGCUCCGCUCCAGUCACCGCCAGCCGAUCUGCCCGCUCGCGGCGCGGUCACCGAGCGCCGGUUGGACCCGCCCUGAGCUCCAUGGUUUGCCCAGCCCUGCACGAUGGUGACUCUGGGCGCGGAGGCUGGCGCGAGGCGAGCCCGCCGCUCGCAGAAUGAAGGCGGGGAGAGCGGCAGGCGGCCGGAGGGGGCUGUCUCCGCGACCCCAGCGCCCAGAGGAGCCUCCCAACAGCCGGUACCCGGAAAACACCAACAAGUAGUUUCAUGUUGGAGAAGGGCGGCGCGGCUGGGUGUCAGGACUCAGUCCCGCUGCCUGGAGAACCUCGUCCGCACGGAAACCAAAGCAGAACCACUUUUCUCUCGGUCUUGUUAAGUCAUGUCUGAGCCACAGAGAUGGGCAAGAUCGAGAACAACGAGAGGGUGAUCCUCAAUGUCGGGGGCACCCGGCACGAAACCUACCGCAGCACCCUCAAGACCCUGCCUGGGACGCGCCUGGCCCUUCUCGCAGCCUCCGAACCCCAGGGCGACUGCCUGACGACGGCAGGUGACAAGCUGCAGGCAUCGCCCCCUUCACUUUCGCCGCCGCCACGACCACCCCCACUGUCCCCUGGGCCAGGCGGCUGCUUCGAGGGAGGUGCGAGCAACUGCAGUUCCCGCGGCUGCGGCGGCAGCAGUGACCACCCCGGGGGCGGCCGUGAGUUCUUCUUCGACCGGCACCCGGGCGUCUUUGCCUAUGUGCUCAACUACUACCGCACCGGCAAGCUGCACUGCCCCGCCGACGUGUGCGGGCCGCUCUUCGAGGAGGAGCUGGCCUUCUGGGGCAUCGACGAGACCGACGUGGAGCCCUGUUGCUGGAUGACCUACAGGCAGCACCGCGACGCCGAAGAGGCGCUCGACAUCUUCGAGACCCCCGACCUCAUCGGUGGCGACCCUGGAGACGACGAGGACCUGGCGGCCAAGAGGUUGGGCAUCGAGGACGCCGCGGGCCUGGGGGGCCCCGACAGCAAGUCUGGCCGCUGGCGGAGGCUACAGCCCCGCAUGUGGGCCCUCUUCGAGGACCCCUACUCGUCCAGAGCAGCCCGGUUUAUUGCUUUUGCUUCUUUAUUCUUCAUCCUGGUUUCGAUCACAACCUUUUGCCUGGAGACACAUGAAGCUUUCAAUGUUGUCAAAAACAAGACAGAACCGGUCAUCAAUGGCACAAGUGUUCCACAAUAUGAAAUUGAAACGGAUCCUGCCUUGACGUAUGUAGAAGGAGUGUGUGUGGUGUGGUUUACUUUUGAAUUUUUAGUCCGCAUUGUUUUUUCUCCCAAUAAACUUGAAUUCAUCAAAAAUCUUUUGAAUAUUAUUGACUUUGUGGCCAUCCUACCCUUCUAUUUAGAGGUGGGGCUCAGUGGGCUCUCCUCCAAAGCUGCUAAAGACGUCCUCGGCUUCCUCAGGGUGGUAAGAUUCGUGAGGAUCCUGAGAAUCUUCAAGCUCACGCGCCAUUUUGUAGGUCUGAGGGUGCUGGGACACACUCUUCGAGCUAGUACGAAUGAAUUCUUGCUGCUGAUAAUCUUCCUGGCUCUGGGAGUUUUGAUAUUUGCUACUAUGAUCUACUAUGCGGAAAGAGUAGGCGCUCAACCUAACGACCCUUCCGCUAGUGAGCACACGCAGUUCAAAAACAUUCCGAUUGGGUUCUGGUGGGCUGUGGUGACCAUGACUACAUUGGGCUAUGGGGAUAUGUACCCCCAAACAUGGUCAGGGAUGCUGGUAGGAGCCCUGUGUGCUCUGGCUGGAGUGCUGACAAUAGCCAUGCCGGUGCCUGUCAUUGUCAACAAUUUUGGAAUGUACUACUCCUUGGCAAUGGCGAAGCAGAAACUUCCACGAAAAAGAAAGAAGCACAUCCCUCCUGCCCCUCAGGCAAGCUCACCUACUUUUUGCAAGACAGAAUUAAAUAUGGCCUGCAAUAGCACAGAGGGUGACACAUGUCUGGGCAAAGACAAUCUACUUCUGGAGCAUAACAGAUCAGUGUUAUCAGGUGACGACAGUACAGGAAGUGAGCCGCCAUUGUCACCCCCAGAAAGGCUCCCCAUCAGAUGCUCUAGUACCAGAGACAAAAACAGAAGAGGGGAAACAUGUUUCCUACUGACGACAAGUGAUUACACGUGUGCUUCUGAUGGAGGGAUCAGGAAAGGAUAUGAAAAGUCCCGAAGCUUAAACAACAUAGCGGGCUUGGCAGGCAAUGCCCUGAGGCUCUCUCCAGUAACAUCACCCUACAACUCUCCUUGUCCUCUGAGGCGCUCUCGGUCUCCCAUUCCAUCUAUCUUGUAAACCAAACUUCAUCAGCCGGCUAAAUUGUGUUAAUUCAAGUACUGUUUACCCCGUAAUGGAAAUAAUUAAAGUAGAGUUACUCCACGCUCCAUUAGUACAGUACAAAUCUGCAUGAUACGAUCAUUUGAAGUCAGAAAUGCCAUUCGGGUAGCUAAUGAAUCUUAUCCUGGCUUUAAAGAUUAUCUAAAGUAGUGGUACCACUUCUCUAUAUUGAUUGCCCUGAUGUCCUUUCGCAAUAAAAUAAUGGAUAGCGUCCGAUAUUGGCCAGUAUACUAAUACAUAAACAUAUCUUCAGGGAGAUAUAUUUAAAACAGUGUGUUCACAAAUGCCAACCACUCUCUUGGAUCUUCAUUUCUGUGACUCUAAACCAUUCUGAAGAUGUCUGGGAUCCUAUCUUGCUUGCAUACGACAUGACUUUGGUCAGCUCAUUUGCGUGGACCAUCUUGUUUCUAUCACCACCUGAAAGCACUGUCACAGAAUUCGGGGACUGUGGAUGGCUCGGGAUAUGUGUACUUGCAUCGAACCAUCCUGCUGAUGUGAAAAGCACUGGUCAACUGUUUUGCAUGUUGAAUUGUGGGGCAGGAUGGGCGAGUUUCUCUUUGACAAUUUUUUCCCCUUAUUCUUUGAAAGAAGUAUUUGUUUUCAAUAGUGUAAUUUCUCGAUUGAUUUACUUUUCUUCAAGAAAUGCUGUAUUGGAGUUCUGAAUGUCUCUGGUUAUUUGCACACAAACUACAAAGAGGUUGUCAUUACUGGUUGCAAGCCGAGACGAGAUCCCUUCCUUAGUGGCUUUGGGGAAGGCACAAAACAUGAGAGAAAGGUAACUGCCAGAUGGGCUUGAAUUGUUUAAACAGGAAGUGCUGCUUGGUACUAGAGUUGUUAUUAUUAUUAUUAUUGUUAUUAUUAUUAUUCCUGGGAUUUGCCAUCAUUUUCAGAGGCAGAGUGCCAAAUAUCUCCCAAAGCUCUCGAGUCUUUUUCACCUCCUUCCUUUAUUUUUAUUUAUUUAUUUUUAUUUAUUUAUUUUUAACAACAUCAAAGAGCAUUGUUGUUCACAGGAGGCUUUCUUGACCAGCCUUAAAUAUCUGACUCAAAAGAAUAAUCAGAUUUUCCGUCAAUGUUUAAUCAGGUGCUUUGUCCUGAAUGUUGUUCUGUCUGUCUGUCUAUUUAGCUUGCUGUCUUAACUAUAUAUACCAUGUGUCUCCAUAAAGCACAGAAAUGCCUUGGUAAGGUUUUCAUGAUUUUAAUACUAGGUCUUCUCCUCUGCCCCUUACCUUCUUUGUUACUUUGAACAGCUUCUCUGCUUUGUGUAUAAAUAAAAGACGUCCUGUAGACUGUCUUAGUUAAUCGGUACUGUGAACCCUUCUGGUAAACAAGAUUUAAGCAGCAUCGGCAUCACCAUUGCUUUAGGUUGCCUGCUGCAGCGUCAGUUUCCAUUACCUACCAGCCAGCAUUCAUCAUCACCACACUCCAGUGAAAUCCCUAGGGAGUCUUAGUGCAAGUGGAAGAAAUGCUGUUUACACAGCCCUAUGAAUGCAAUAGGAAUAGAGUGUCUGGUGUAUGGGGCAUGCACGGGAAGAAAAAUGCCAUAAUAUAUAUUGAGGGGGAAACAAUAUUUCUAAAGCAUUCAGCAUCCUUGAGAUUGUUGAUUAACUUCUAAUUCUCAUGUUUAUUUUUUGUUAGGCGGACAAUUGUCACUUUUAUUCUUGGCCACGUAACUUGUAUCACUCUAUAUCCCCAAGUCCUAGAGCAUGACCUGCAUGUCAGAGAUCUUGUACAGCAAUGUAUUUACCCAGACGUGCACUUCUGAUACUUAGAGAUUCAGUGAUCCUCUUGAUAACACCACACAUAGGAAGCUAUCAUUACACACAGCUGUAUAGUAAAGGAAUUAAUAUACUGUCUGGUGCUGCUGUUGUUGACUGCAGUGUUGUACAGAAUUUGUCACAGAUUUUUUUUUGACUGCUGAAAAGGGGACAGUGGAAUUUAGCCAUACCACGGACUGUACUGGAAACAGGUUUCUGCUGCUGAAUGUGCCCUGAUGGGACCAGGUUGCACUUGGAAGAAGUCCCCACGUCUUCAUGAGGCAUUUAAAGCUCAUAAAAGAACUGUAGCUGGAACUCAUUUGGUGCUCCCCAUAUGAGUGGUCUGCUUGUGGACUGGCCAGUUUCCAUGAAACAACUGUAAAUACCACCAUGUGUGCAUGGGUCAACAGUUUGGGCCAUCUCACAUCAAAAGAAGCCAAAUCAUGAUCCACAUGUCUGAAGCUUCAAGUACGACCCAUACCUCUGUGAAUUACCCCUUGUGGGCCUGCAGUAGAUUGUGCUGUGAAUCCCACAAGGCAGUGAUACUGGUGUAGUAUAGAUCUGUCUUGAUUUCCUUUAUUUCUUCUUUGUUGGUUGGAUCCAUGAGUAGUGACUGUAUCAUCUUCUUAUCAACCACUUAUGUUAUCAGCUUGUCACAUUAUGUUGUGAAAUUUUCAGUGCCUAUUUAUCAAAACUGACCUAUUUUUAGUCACAUGUUUGUUUAGUUCUGGAAAAUCGCUAUGAGAAAAAAAAAAACACACCUCACCAAUAUUAUUCAUAUUUGUCUUUUGUCAUUGUUACCUCAAUUACAAAUAUUACAAAAAAUAAAAUUCUGGCAAUGAGAGUAUUUUUUUACUAAAUGAUCAAGGAGCAAUGUCAGUAUAUAGUAGAUUAUUAAUCAAAUUAUAUCUUAAAAUGUAUAUUUUGCAUAAAAGAGAUAUUCUUCAAUCAAUUACUUUUUUUGUGAGUUUUGUGGCAAAUGAAGCUUGUACUUGUCUUUAAAACUGUUGUAGUCAAAAAUGUGUAAGUAUUCUUCAUCUUGCUUAAUCAAUAUUUCUAGACUCUAUAGUUCCCCUGGGAUUCUGAAUAUAACAUAUAACCUAAUUAUGAACCCCUGUAUUGUGGACCUUUUGUGAUCAUUUCAAGGUGCAUGCACAACCUUGGUGAUAACCAUGGAAAUGUAACGAACUGAAAUGAAGAAUAAAAGGCAAAUAAGCUGGGGAUAAACUUGAAUCCUAUCUGAUUAAAUUAUUCAUAUU